UUGUGAUUCAUAUUUUUAAAUGAAUAUUUCGCGAUCAAAAGGUGAAUUACCUCUCGAAAAGUCAAAAACAUCAGGAAAACAAAAUAAAAAUUUAAAGAAAAAGGUUAGAAUGGAAAAAGCUACAAAAAGAAAGAAUUUAAAAACCAGCCUACCUGAAAGUAAGGGCCAAAUAAAAGUCUGUGAUAUGCUAACCUCCAGCCAAAAGAAGACUAAAAGAAAGCGCAAAGAUCUCAAAAAUGAGGAGUUAAAAUAACAGAACUCUUCUUCAUUUCUAUAAGCCAAAGAACUCCAAACCUUCACAAAACAGGGAACUUCCAAAAGUCACUCCUGAUCUAAAGCCCCAGUCAAAACUGUCAAACCCUCCUAGGCGCAGGAAGAAGAGGCCUUUAUUCGAGUCUGAUAAGCAACAGGGGUUGAUUAAAUCGCACUUUGAGAAACCCCCAAGUGGCACUUCUCUUGCUCAGCCAAAAAGGCGGAAACAGACAAAGCCUAAAGGGAGGAACUUCAAUGCUCUCUACAUUGGGCCGCCAGAUAAAUGUCCUCGACGAACAACUGACGACCUUCAAUCCAAGAUGCUCUUGCAUGAGCAAGAACUUGAACAGCUAGAUAGGGAAGAAAAGCUGCGCCAAUUGCCUAAAUAUUACAUAACUUCUGAUUCCAUUGAGUCCUGAUUUCAAAACGUGGAGAAUUUGUUGACUGAUAUUUACUGUUGAGGCCUAGAUUCAGACAAAAAGGAGGCCAUUUCGAAAUUUGUUCAUUCAGAAUUGCUCAGAAUAGCAAUAAUAUUCUUUGAUCGACAUAAGGAUUUGAAGGUAGACUUCUCUAAAUUAUCUGAAACUAAGCAGAAUGAAGACUGUGAAGAUCGGCAGCUUAGUGGACGGUUAAAAAGUGCUUAUGAUCGUGAGCGAAAAGCUACCGAGUCCGUGAAAACCAGCCAAAAUGCAUUACUCUUAGAAAAAUACGCUGAAAGAUGUAUCAAAGACCUUAUCUGUAACUCUAAAAACUCGCUAAAGUCCUACCUGUACAACUACCUGCACUCCCUUAACACUCAGGACUACCUGGCUGAAAUUGCUAACAAGGAUGACGAAUGGGCUUCUUUCUUGGCUGGAAACACUGAUGGACCGCAGGCAAUCAGGACUUCUUCCAGGCUUAAGACCAAGAAGGUGCAGCACAUCCAUACGAUAAACAAGCAGUAUUCGGCUGUGUUCUUUGGAAGUGAAGGAAUUCGUAAAAAUCAAGCUGAGGAGGUCGCAGCAGGAAAUUCAGCAGUGCAAGUGAUAAAGACGUGUUGCGAGGAUCUUGGGUUUAAGGUGAGUUUUGUGAAUGGAUUAGGAGUGAAGAGGAAUUCUGCGAAUUUAGUGAAGUAUAUUAAGGAGAAAACCCAAAGUUCGAGAAUUUUGUUCCAGCCUUCUGAGGAGGAAGAGAGAAAUUCAAGAACUGCUAUUGUAUUUCAAGAUGUGGAUAAUCCAUUUCCUGAUGAGAUUGGGUUUUCCUCUGGUGUUUUGAAGUGAAUAGAGCAUUCAAAAAUUCCUAUUUUCAUCACAAGUAAUAAGAAAUUUGAUGACUGAGAAAUAGUCAAAAGAUGUACUAAGUAAGGGACUAAAAAUUAAAAACGUAAAAAUGUUUCGAAAUUGUGAAUCUGCAACAAAAAUUACUAUCAGAUUUCACUUAAUAACUCUCUUUGAAUGAUUUAUCAAAGACUCUCUACAAAAAUACCUUGAUAAGCAUGGGACGGUUCGAGGAGACCAAGAUAUACUAUUUAAUCCUGACUGAUUAAAAGUAGAACAGAUAGAAGCCCUCUCUCAGGAGUCAUUAAAACAGCAGAAGAAAUAUAUUGAAAAGCUUUUGAAAUUCUAUCAAUUCAACAUGGAAAAGGCCCUCACUUUAGUAAGCCUUCAAAAUUUUGAAAGUAUCUGUAAGACAAUUGAUGAUAAAGAAGCAUCAAUUAUAAAGUAUUCAGAGAGGAAAGAUCUCUUCUGGAAUGAUAUUUUGUUCUCAGACUCACGUCCUGGACCCCAGCUAUGUCAGCAAUAUUUUGAGAAUACAUUGGAUCAGAUCAUUGAAUCUACUCAAAUGGAGGUUAAGCCUCUAGAUACUUCUGAGGAAGAUUUCACUACAGAUAAAAAGAAAGAUGAUGAUAUUAGUCACCUUCAGAAUUACUCUAACUUCUUACAGGAUCAAGCGCAUCUUGACUUCUUUCACGGCAGACAAGAAGAUAAAGAGGAAGAUAUCAGUACCAGAAAUGUCUGUGAUGUUAAUUUUACAAAAUUAAGGGCUGAACCAAACCUAAAAGACGGAUUUCUGCUUGAAGAAUUUCUCUUGGGAAUACCAAAAGGCAGGACACAAAAAGGACAAAAUCAGAGACGUAAAUAAACCGAGGAGAUCUUCAAAUACUUACUCAGACUUCAUAAAGGCCACUCCUACUCUUAACGGGUCUCGUAUGACAAUUGAUCGGUUGGGUGAAAACAAUGAGCAGAUACCUUACUUCUGCUAUCCUUCCAAAGAAGGUGCACUUAUUCGUUAUAAGAAAUGUCUCUCAUCGACAGAGUCUCUCUACGGAACGCUUGCUUCGACAGAAGCAAUCAGCAAGUUGAGCUGAAAGCUCAACUUGAAAUCUUUUUUGAAGUAA